AUGUCGAACCUCUCAAAAUUGGAAUUUGUUGCUCUUAACUUGUCAGGGGAGAACAACUUGUCAUGGAUUCUUGAUGCUAAGAUUCAUCUCAAUGCUAUGAAUUUGGGAAACACUAUCGUUGAAGGAAACGACGAAUUCCUGGAGGAUCGUUCAAAAGCCAUGAUUUUCCUUCGUUGUCAUCUUGACGAGGCAUUGAAAUCCCAAUAUUUGACAGUGGAAGAUCCGUUCUCAUUGUGGUAUGACUUGAAAGAUCGCUAUGACCAUCAAAAAACCGUCAUACUCCCUCGAACUCGACAUGAGUGGAUGAACUUGUGUUUGCAAGAUUUUAAGACGAUUAGUGAGUAUAACUCUGAACUUUUCCGCAUUGUUUCUCGUUUAAGAUUAUGCGGAGAAAUUGUAAGUGAAUAUGAAAAGACUUAUUCAACUUUUCAUGCUUCAAAGGUUCUCCUGCAACAACAAUAUCGUGAGCGGAGAUUUGAAAAAUACUCGCAGUUAAUUUCUUGUCUUCUUGUGGCGGAGCAAAACAAUGAAUUAUUGAUGAGAAAUCACCAGUUCCAUCCCACUGGUACUGCAGCAACACCUGAAGUGAAUGUCAGUUCAUCUCGCGGACGUGGGAAGGGUCAUUGGCUUGGACCCAAGCGUCACAUUAACAAGAAAAAGGGUGGUCAUUAUUCCAAAAAGGGUAACAACAACAACCAUUCUCAAGAUAAGGGGAAGGAAAAAGCUCUUCCACAAAGGACUAAGAUGGGUCCGCAACGCCGACUUGGAGUUUACGUUGGUUUUGACUCUCCAUUAAUAAUCAGGUUCCUGGAACCAUUAACAGGAGAUGUUUUUAAGGCACGUUUUGCAGACUGUCAUUUUGAUGAGUCAAAUUUCACGUCGUUAGGGGGAGAAAAGCUAAAGCUUGAGGAACGUCGUGAAAUUUCAUGGAAUACUCCCUAUUUAUCUCGCCUUGAUCCUCGCACUAGUGAAUGUGAAAUUUAG